AUGGCUGACUUUGAACAGUUUGUCAGGGUUCUUAGCAAGAUACUAAAGUUUUCUCCCCAUUUUUAUAAGUUUAUAACAUUUUUUGUUGUUGUUUGAUCUUAUAAAUCACCUAGGCCACGUACACUCUCUGGUGAGUUCAUAUUGCCAUAGCUAAAUAGGAUAGUACAGAGAAGUUAGGAAGCUGGCAGGCUUCUAAUGGCCCUAUCCUGGCAUACCUAUUAAUUUGUCAACGGAGAGUAAUUAAAGAUCUCUCCACCAAAAUUUAACACGUUUUGGUCUGAAUAAUAAUCAAGGACAUAAUUUUAAGAAUCUCUUAUUCCUGUUAAAGAAAGUUCUGAAAAGAAUGAAUGCUUUCGGUUGAGGUUUAGGCUUAAAUUAAUAGUACUAGCGUACCUCCUGAUUCAGCUCUAGCCUAAUAGCUCUUCUUGUGGCCUCCAGAUAGUAUG